GGAGUGUGCAGCAGCAGCAGAAGUGUCUUCCUGUACAGAGGAGUUCACCAUAGAGGCUUCAUUACAUGACUAUGACACACAAGAUGAGACUUGUGCAGGCGGUGCUCCUCCUGGGUGCUCUGCAGGGAUUCCUCUCCCAGGUUAUACAGGUGUUUCAGUCCCCUGAGAUACUACAUGCUUAUGUAGGUAGUAAUGUCACCUUACUGUGUACCUACAACAUCUCUGGAGUAAAGGAGGAGGCGACUAUUGGGAGUUACAUGUGGCGAAGACAUCUAGUGAAGAUGGGGCCAGUGGUGUCUAAUGAUAAUGAGGGUUUCACUGGACGGAUCUCCAGAGUGGAUACAGAAUCAUUCAUCAAAACCAGAUCAGCCCAUAUCACCAUACACAACGUGGUUUCCUCAGACACUGGCAUUUAUUUCUGUGAAGUCACUUUUCUAAAUAGAAUAUCCGUAGGAAUAUCUGGACAUGGUGCAGGGACAUUGCUGAAUGUGACAGGUGACAUGACAGAUCAGCUGGGCACUGACCCUGAAAUUCUCCAUAUCACUCUGGGGGCUGUAUUCGGAGUUGUUGUUGUCCUCCUCUUUCUGGUUGGAUGUUACAGAAUUUUCAAACAAGCCCUGAGGUCUACAGUGGAAGAGGUUCCUACAGUCUACACUGAAUUCAUUGCUAUGGGCAGCAGGCAGAUUGGAGGACCCCGUGGCCCUGAAAUGCUGCAGGUGACAAGUCUAUAUUAUUUAUGUGCCAUAUGUUUGCAGGAGAAGGAGAAUAGAGAAUGUGGAGACUUCUCAAUUUAUGAUGGAAAAUCAACAAUACAACCAGUUUAUGCCAGAACAGUUCCCACAGAAGACGGUGCCCUCCAUCUAUCAGGAGGUGGAUAUCUACAGCAUUAUACCAUAGAAAUGACCCACCUCCACAGAAGCAGAUGAUGUCACAAAAGGCGAGGUCUUCCACCUGCCAGGAGGUGAAACUGUACAGUGCCAUACCAGAGGGAAGACCUCUACCCUUCAGAACCAGGUGAUAUCACUAAAGGUGGAGCCUUCCACCUAUCUGUAUGAGGAUCUGUACAACGUUAUACCAGAGAGAAGACUCAAUCGUAGAGGAGGGAUCAGAGAGGUGUGAGAUGAAAAAGCUCCUUUACGUUUUUGAGCAUCAAAAUUUGAGCAUCAAAAUUUCACACAUUUUCUGUGGAUUGCUUUUAAUAAAACAAAGUCACAUUUGCAACAUAUUAGAAUGCUAUUCUAUUCUUAUUUUGACUUAUCAGGUAUGUAACCUACUCUGGCACUACUAUACAGACAAUGGUGUAAACGGAAAAACAUUCUUAAAAAUCCUACCCUAUUAUGACACUUCAGAGUAUAAUCUCUGCAUGAUCAGCCAAUGUUUGUUGUUCAUACCUACAAGAGCACUGGUGGGGCAUGUAUAAUAGUGUCCAUGCAGGAUAGAUCUGUGGUCAGACGUCCAAUACUAUCAGAAGUAUACAAUCAUCUAUUACAUAAUAAUACUGCUGGUGUACAAGCUGCAGACUCAGAAUCUAUUUGUAUUUUGGCAAGAAAAACAUGAGGAACAAAAGCUUAAAGUAUAUCUGUUGUCAACAAAAUGUUUUUAUAUAAUGUAGAUAAUAACAUUAUAUGUCUAUUUUUAGUAUACAUUGGUUAACCCCUUAAGGACCAGGCCCAUUUUGGCCUUAAAGCAUUUGCCGCUGCUCAGCAUUUGGAACAAACUGUUCCGAACGCUGGAGCCAGUGCCGGGAG